UAUAUAUUUUUAGGUUUCUGUUGAAACCGAUCCAGCUACAAACACUCCACAGGUUGGCCAGGCUUCUCUUGAUUCGGAGAUGCAAACUGUGUUAGCUCUACGCGAAUAUUUGUGUGGUCUGCAAUCUGACACCGGCAGGACCAUAAUAGAUUAUGGUGAAUAUUCAGCGACAUGUUCUGACAUAUAUGAAUCUUUUGCCGAUGGGAAGUGUCUCGACAAUGUAUUCAUGCAGUGUUUCAUCCAAUGUGUUAUUGAUGAUGCAAAAAAUCAGCAGACUUCCAUGAGUUCGAACAGUUUGAUUCUUGAUGUUAAUGUUGGGUCACUACUCAACUUUGAGGAACAGGAACGACACAGUCGCAACCCUCAACCUUUUGAUGAAUCUGUACUCCACACACUUCUAGACAAUUCAUUGCCUGAGACAGAUGAAUUGGACCAAUGCAAAGCGAUCAUGGUCCCCAUGGUAAGCAGGGGGCAUUGGACAUUGUAUGUUGUCAACAAGGUCAAGAAGUGCAUUCAUAUUUUAGAUUCCAACCCAUAUGGACCAACACUUGGUGGAACUACAUGGAAGGACUAUCAUUUUGCACAUUUGGGCUCAGGUGGCAGAAAGUUACCAUGGGCUAAGGUUAUUAUGAGCAGAUUAAACAAAGCAAUACAACAUGUACGGCCCAGGACAUGCUUUUCCAAGUUUGGUAACUUCACAAUUGACUUGUGCCCAAAUUGUCCUAACAUGGUAGCUGGAUCCAAUGACUGUGGGUUUUAUGUCAUGGGUUACAUUCUAUUUUAUCAAUGCGACGAAGGAUCUUUGCGGUCAGAUAUAGAAGCAGGCAACACUAGUGAGAUACGGUCUCUUGCGCUGCAUUAUAUCACAUUCCACCCGAAGAACAAAGCAUUAUCGCUGCUCCAAGACAUCCAAAGAUUCAAGGUCUAA